GCCCAGGCCCAGUGCUUGCUGUGCUGGGGCACAAGCAUGCCCAGAUUGAAGGGCCAUGCUUUGAGUUUCCUCAGAAUGCUCUGUGACAUCCAAAGGAGGGUCCUCCAGAAAGCGCCAGAGACAAUGACUGACACAUACUUAAGCAUGACUCCUUGGUGACUCUGCCCUAAGGAUUGUUGGCGUUACCUCCCCAACUAAAAUGGGAGCUCACUGAGAAAAAGGGCUGCCUCUUCAUCUUAGAUUACGUAUCUAGAAAGGGGCUACCACACAGUGAAGAGACCAAGACUCAAAGAGGCCACGCCAGUUACUUGCCGUGGGUCACACAGCCAAAGGAAGCAGAGCCAGAACUUACACCCAGGUCUCGCAGAGUUAUCUGAAAUCUGCAGUGUUUCCAGACAACCCCACCAAGCAGCUUAAGCUUCUUGCAAAAGACUACAGCUGGCGGCUGGCGGCAGCAACUUCUCUCUACUCUGACCCCCCAGAGGAAAGGCUGAUCCGGAGACGACAGGAAAAUGGCCACCUUGGAUGAAAAGGCAGUCACCCGCAGGGCCAAGGUGGCUCCUGCCAGGAAGAUGAGCAGGUUCUUGAAGCACUUCACCGUCGUCGGGGAUGACUACCACACCUGGAACGUCAACUACAAGAAGUGGGAGAAUGAAGAAGAUGAGGAAGAGGAGGACCAGCCGCCGUCACCACCGGCCUCCGGCGAGGAGGGCAGAGCCGCUGACGCAACGGCAGCCCCUGCCUCCAGGCUUAGGCGCCCCCGAGACUUGAGGGCCAUGUUGAGGAAGCUCUUCAGCUCCCACAGGUUUCAGGUCAUCAUCAUUUGCCUGGUCAUCCUGGAUGCCCUCCUGGUGCUGGCCGAGCUCAUCCUGGACCUGAAAAUCAUCCAGCCCGACAAGAAUAACUAUGCCGCCAGGGUGUUCCACUACAUGAGCAUUGCCAUCUUGACCUUCUUUAUGAUGGAGAUUUUCUUUAAACUCUUUGUCUUCCUCUCGGAGUUCUUCCACCACAAGUUUGAAAUCCUGGACGCCCUCGUCGUGGUGGUGUCCUUCAUUCUUGACAUUGUCCUCCUGUUCCGGGAGCACGAAUUUGAAGCACUUGGCCUGCUGAUUCUGCUCCGGUUGUGGCGGGUGGCCCGGAUCAUCAACGGGAUCAUUAUCUCGGUUAAGACACGUUCAGAACGGCAACUGUUAAGAUUAAAACAGGUGAAUAUACAACUGGCCACCAAGAUCCAACACCUUGAAUUCAGCUGCUCUGAGAAGGAACAAGAAAUCGAAAGACUUAACAAGCUGUUGAGACAGCACGGACUUCUCGGGGACGUGAACUAGAGGCAUGCCCUGCUCCACUCUGACGGGAAGACUGCCACACGGGCUCAGGCCAACGACCAGGAAGACCGUUCCCUCU